UUUCUUCAUUUGCAACUAAAUCAUUCAACACUAUAGCUUUUACUUCAUAGUACUAAAGAUGGUUUCAGAGCCUGAGUUAAACUUUGUUUUGAUACCUUUACUUGCUGCAAGUCACAUCAUACCCAUGGUGGACAUGGCCAAAUUGUUAGCACAGCGAGGGGUGACAGUCACUUUAGUCAUGACGCCCCUCAAUGCUAUCCGAUUCACUGCAGUAAUUGAUCGUGCCAUUGGUUCUGGACUACUCAUUCGGGUAUUAGAGCUCCAGUUUCCAGCCAAGGAAGCAGGAUUGCCAGAGGGAUGUGAAAGCGCGGAUGUACUGCCCUGUCUGAAAUGUCGACGACAGUUCUUUGCUGCAGUCAAUAUGCUACAAGAACAAGCUGAAAAAUUGCUUGAAGAGAUGAAGCCUAAGCCAAGUUGCAUUAUUUCCGAUACACAUGUUGCUUGGACAGCUGAGACAGCUCAUAAGUUCCAGAUUCCAAGAAUCAUAUUUGAUGGAAUGAGUUGUUUCAACCAAUUGUGUAUGCAUAACUUGUACAUCAUGAAGGAUCAAAACCAAAUCCCGGAAUCAGGGCCUUUUGUCAUACCUGAUUUGCCCGAUAGAAUUGAAGUAACAAAAGUCCAGCUGCCUGGAGCAUUCAAUCCAGCAACCAUUUGCAUGCAAGAUAUUCGAGACAAAAUACGAGCAGGUGAAACAAGAGCCUAUGGGGUUGUAAUCAAUACUUUUGAGGAGUUGGAACAAAGGUAUGUUGAUAAAUUCCGAAAACUUAAAGAUGGUAGAGUUUGGUGUAUUGGACCUUUGUCUCUCUGUAACAAUGACAGUCUAGAUAAAUCUCAGAGAGGGAAUAAGGCCACAUUUGACAAAGAGGACAGCUUGAAAAAAUGGCUAGAUUCUUGGCAACCUGAGUCUGUUGUGUAUGCAUGUCUUGGAAGCCUUAGUCAUACCACAGUUGUCCAAUUUGUGGAGUUAGCUUUAGGCCUGGAAGCGUCAGGUUAUCCAUUCAUUUUAGUCAUAAAAUCAGGGGAAAGACAAGCACCAAUAGAGAACUGGAUAUUGCAAAAUGGAUUUGAAGAAAGAACAAAAGAAAGAGGGUUUCUGAUCCGUGGCUGGGCACCACAAGUAUUAAUUCUAUCACACCCUGCAAUUGGUGGGUUCUUGACUCAUUGUGGUUGGAAUUCAACCCUUGAGGGGAUUAGUGCUGGUGUGCCUAUGAUCACCUGGCCUUUAUUUGCGGAGCAGUUCUUAAAUGAGAGAUUCCUAGUGCAUGUCUUGAAGAUAGGCGUGAGUGUUGGACCUCGUGAAGUUGUACAUUUGGGUGAAGAAGAGAAGUAUGAGGUCCAAGUGAGUAAGGAAGAAAUAACAAAAGCCAUAAGAACAACGAUGGACAAGGAGAAAGAAGGAAAAGAGAGGAGACAAAGUGCCAAAGAACAUGGAGAAAUGGCAAACAAGGCGGUAGAGAAAGAUGGAUCUUCUCACCUCAGUUUGAAACUUCUAAUCAAAGAAGUACAAGAUUUCCAACUUAACUAAUCAGCUUAUGUGACGAAAGAGAGGAAGAGAAAUCAAGAUCGUGUUUUUAUUCCCAAUAAAGAAUUAGGGAUUUUAUUUCAGUUGUUGGGCAUUUGGGCCAAUUAGUUCGGGUCACCGAUUAGUGGAUAUUGGGCUUGUCAGCUUAGCCCAUUUAUUUUCUAAGUCUUUUGAUUACCUAAGCCCAGGACACGUGUUGUCUGUUGAUUCGACAGUUCCUAGGAAUAGAAUAUUAGGUUUUAUACUGCAUGUAACGUCAGGGGAGGCUAUGCUUGAUGAAUGAUCAAUUUCCUUUUCUUGCUUU